AUGACGUCCGACAUCAAAGUGGCCGUGUCCAGCGCGUCGCUCGGACAGCACGCGGCGCACACGCUGGACCGGAAGAUCGAGUUGGCGGCGAAACAUGGGUUCGGCGGGAUCGAGGUGGUGUACCCGGAACUGGAGAGGUAUGCCCACACGCACGGGCUGAGCCUGGCCGCGGCGGCGACGCGCCUCGGGGAGUUGAGCGCGGCGAGCGGCGUGCAGGUGCUGGCGUUGGAUCCGUUCCGCAACUUCGAAGGCCACCCGACCACGAGCCUGGCGGAGCGGCUGGCGGUGGCGGCGGACUGGAUCGAGCUGCUGCGGCGGCUGGGCGGCCGCUACCUGCAGGUGCCGUCGCAGACGCUCCGGGACAGCCACGGCGACAGGGCCGUGCUGGUGGCCGAGCUGCGCCAACUGGCCGAGCUGGCGGCCGCGGCGGGCGUGGCGGUCGCGUACGAGCCCGUGGCCUGGGCCCGCCACGUCAGCACCUGGGAACAGGCCUGGGACCUCGUCCAGGCCGUGGACCGUCCCAACUUCGGCCUCUGCUUGGACAACUUCCACCUGAUCACCGGCCUCUGGGCCGACAACACCGUGCCGGGCGGCCGUCGGCCCGGAGGAGACGCCCGCCUGCGCGCCUCGCUGGACCGGUUGGCCGCCACCGACACCGCCGACAAGCUCUUCUACGUCCAGCUGUCCGACGGCGAACUCUUCGAUCCUCCUUACCAUCCCGGCCACCCCUUCUUCGACCCGGCCCUGGAUCCAAGGGCCAGCUGGUCCAGGCACGCCCGCCCCUUCCCGCUCGAGGUCGAAUCCGGCGCCUAUUUCCCCAGCGCCGAGUUCCUGCGCUCCAUUCUGCUGGACAAGCACUACACCGGUUGGCUUUCUCUCGAAGUCUUUGACCGCCGCACGAGAGAGGAGCACGCCGGUCUAGAACCCGCCGCCAUCAGGGCCGAACGUUCGUGGAAAAGGUUGCUCGAGGCCGUGAAGCCUGACGCCGGAAGUCUGACACCUGAAGUCUGA